AUGCACGCGUACUCGGCGGCUGUACUGAUGGGUCUCCUAAUGGUUGCCGAGGGUGCCUAUGUAUCUACGACCGCUUGUGCACACUCGGCGCCGAAUCCCACGAUCCAACGCUAUGAGCCUGAAAGCAUCCCAACCAGAUUGGCUCCCAAUAGGCUACUGAGAGAACCUGAGACAACCGAAGCGAGCAACGAGGACCGAGUUGUAAGUAUCCAUGCUGGCAUUGAAAAACUCUCGGACCUGAUAAAGACUGGAGUAUCAAAGGUUCAUGGAUACCUGAACUUGGGACCGUCAGCAACCAGAGACCAACCGGCAGAUGAAAUUCUUCGCAUCUACAAGCUAGAUGAUGGAAUCGAAAAGGCUCUGGUCAGUCCAAACUUGAAGGCUAUGGAAAGCCACGUGAAGGAGUUAAGCACGAAAAACCGAAAGAGCGAAGCGUCGGUGAUUGGAAUUCUCACGAGCCAUUACGGGGACGAUGCAGUGGCGAAAGCCCUUGUGACUGCACAGAAAACUGUUCAAUCGGAUGAUGAUGUGAAAACGAUAUGGCGAUUGCGAAACGCGCAGCUUUCCAGCUGGUUUAGCAGCGAUAAAUCUGUCGAUGAUGUGUUCACUUUGUUGAAGCUUCGACAUGAUGAUUACUUAGCCCUUGCCAGUCCGAAGAUGGAGGUCUUGGAUGAUUAUAUGAAGCUGAUCAACCGCGUGACAUCAGGUCAAGAGACUUUGCUAAACGUGUUAACUAAGGGCUUCGGUGGAGAACAGACCUUGGCAAAACUACUUCUUCGUGGGAAGGAAGAGCCCCAGACCCGCGAGCUGGCGACGGCGUUGCAAAAUGCGCUGCUGAACAAGUGGGUCACUGAUAAAUUUCAACCGGAAAGUGUCUUGAAGAAGCUCAAACUGGACCGGGACCUGAUGAACGUUCUCUCGGAUCCAACCCGACACACUUUGACUAGUUACAUCGCGGUCUUCAACACUAGGAAUCCAGGGAAAAAGGCAUCGUUUAUCGGCACACUUUCUGCUCAUUACGGAGAUGAGAUGGUGGCGAAUGUACUGAUCGCGGCCUCGAGGAACGGCAACACAAGGAGAAUGGCCAAACAACUACGAACCGAUCAGUUGUCAGACUGGUUGAACAACCAAAAGUCUGCUGACGAAGUCUUCAGCCUUCUAAAGUUGCGGGCAGAUCUUCCGAACAUAGAUGGAGCUCUCGCCAGUGGCAAAUUGAAGUUACUGGAAGACUACAUCAAGCUAUUUAACCGUGAGAAGGCUGGAGACGAAACGUUGCUCAAAACGCUAACAACCGGCUUCGAUGGAGAAAGUAACUUGGCAAAAGCGUUGCUGACUGCUGAGAUCAACCCACACUCGAAUAAAAUGGUUGUUAAGUUACAGGGUGAGCUGUUGAACCAAUGGCUCCUGAAGGGAUUGAAGCCGGAAAGUGUCCUCAAGAAUCUUGGACUGGACCGUGGGAUGAAAGAGGUACUAUCAGACCCGAAUCGGCACUUUUUGACCAAGUACAUAUGGGAGUACAACUCAAGAAAUCGAUUCGACAGAACGUCAUUGAUUUUGACUCUUUCUGCGCAUUACGGAGACGACGUGGUAGCGAGAGCUCUUGCUGUUGCGAAGGGCGACUCUGGCCUGGCACGGACGGCUGCAAUUCUGCAGAGGCAACAGCUGGAAGGGUGGCUCAGUAGUGGGAAAUCUGCAGACGAUGUCUUCACGCUACUGAGAAUUGGAGCCGACGAUUUCUUACCCUUGAAUAGCCAGAAUUUGGAGACACUGGAAGAUUUUGUCUGGCUAUUGAACCUCAAAAAUCGCCGCAUCCAGACGAAUGUAUUCACAGUGGUAGAAAACAAAUUCGGUGGAGAUGUUCAGCUGGCGCGAGCGGUCGUUAAAGCCCUGAAUGAAGCAGACGAGAGAGGGCUGCGCGAUUCUGUCGGUAUUGCGUCAAGAUACCGGAGCAAGCUGUUUGGUCGAUGGUUCGACAAAAGUAUCGAGCCAAAAGAUGUUUACGCGAUGAUCCUCAAAGUAAACGGAGCUUCUGCAGAUGCUUUGGAGAAGUCGAUUGUUUCCCGAUACACGGCCUUCUACAAAAAGAGGCUGGCUAAGGCUUUCACCUUCGACAGUCCUAGACGGCUGUAG